GAGAAAUGGAGGAAAAGCACAAGAAGGGGGGGAAGUUUAUACUGUACUACCAUUCCCAGCGGCGCGUAAAUCAACGGCUUGCUCAGGCGGAGCGGCGGGGCAGUCGGGCAGCUCUAAUUUCCUACCUACCUAGGCCUAGGUAGACAAUAGGAAAUAGGUACAGACAUCGUAGCAGACUGUCGGAGUCACGGGACGGACAUUGGCCGCCGCAGCCGCCUGGCAUCUGUUCGCUCUCUAUCGCGUUGGUGACCGGUGGUGUUUCCUCCGGUCCGUCGUUUACAAGAUCGUCCGAUUGUCCGCGGCCUCCCUAAGCAGUAUUUAAAUCUCCUAACCUGAGCCAAACCCCACACCUGUGGCCUGAAAGCCCUCACUAAACUCAAAUCGUAAAAUCGUAAAACCGUAAAACCGUGAAGCCAGGAAGCCUUGGCUAGCGCCUAGCGUUGCCCCCCCUUAUCAUUCGCCAUCCAGGCAGUGCCGCUUGGGGCCGAAAUCUCGACAAUCACGGCAACCUGUCGCCGUGGGAAGAUGGCCAAGGGGUGAAUUUGACUAAUGGGCAACCUUGUGGCCGUGUCCGUUGAGGUGUGCGGAGACGCUAAGCCGAAUUAAAAGUAAGCUUGUGUCAGAACCCGGCCUGGCCAUGGGGGGUUUCCUGACCGUGAUUACGGACACGCCAAUAUAGCCAUGACGGCGGGAGAUGAACCAGAAGGUGUCUCUCUGCCAGGCUCGAUAACUCCCGACGCCUCGUCGUUUAUCCAGUGUGCAAGCGGCAGCAACCAAUCCGGGUCUCUCCAACCAAGGCAUCAGACCCCCAAGGUCGUCGUCGCCACACCAGACCAGACAGAGCGCUCACCGACCCGUAGCUCCGUCUGAGGCUCCUGCGUUUUCGUAUCUUGUUACCUUUUGAUUCUCACCUAAAGGUUGACCUGACCGGCUGCCUAAGCACUGACACCUCCCUACCUGACCCCGACUCCAUUGUCUGUGCUGCAUGUCACUUUUACUCCGCCUCGUGACAGCCUUCGCCCAUUCUCUCUCUUCUACCUCCGUGUUUUUCUCUCUCUCUGCCUCUCUCUCUUCUCUCUUUAAACAACACUUUCCCUCUCCAAGAUAGGGGUUCUUUUGCUACGCGUAGUGUGUUGCUUUUUUUUUUCUCUCCUUCUUUCUUCAUCCCCCUUGUCGGAUUUCUUAUUUCCUACCCAUAGCGGCUGCAAGCGCUUUGUCUCACCACCCUUCCUAGUAGUAGUCAGCCAAAACCCGUUAUUCGCCCCAAAGCGAUCGCCUGUGUCUCCCAAAACGUCACUCGCAUACCGACGGCCGCUUCUCGCCCCUCUCCCCGACCAGACGUCACCCCGUCAUCCGCACGAGUCCCUCACUCCCUCAUACUAGUCCCGUUCGAAUUCUCGGACCGCCCAGGCCAAUGGCCCCCCCGCCACCCUAUGCGAUUGCGACCGGCGCCCAAUAUGCUCCUUCAACAAUCGCCGCAGCCGUCGUAGCAACAGCAUCAGCAGCAGCAACCAUGAUACCCAUCGCGACCCCGACAGAGACCCUCGUAGGUGCCCUCACUACCGCUGCCACCGCCGCGACUGCGACCACCGCCACAACACACGGAGAAGAUGGUGGCAGCGGCGAGUGCAGCCUGCUCGGCUCCUUCGCGCUCAUCGUUCAGGCCGCUCUCGGCGCUCUCGCCCUACUAUCUCUCGUUUUCAAGCGGUGGAGAGAAAGGCCGCAGCGCCCUGUCAAGAUUUGGUUCUUCGACGUGUCGAAGCAGGUGUUUGGUUCUGUCUUGGUGCACAUCGCCAACAUCUUCAUGUCCAUGUUGACGUCCGGACGCUUCUCCGUGACGCUCGACCCUACUACAACGUCCAACGUGCGGAGGCUGGUCACUCGAAACGAGGAUUAUGUUCCGAACCCGUGCUCGUUCUACCUACUCAACCUUGCAAUCGACACCACGAUCGGUAUCCCCAUCCUCAUCGUACUCCUUCGAGUUCUGACCGGUCUCGUCUCGUAUACCCCUCUGGGCAAGCCUGAAGAGUCGAUCCGGUCCGGCAACUAUGGCAGCCCUCCCAACGCCUGGUGGUGGCUGAAACAGUCAUUCAUCUACUUUUGCGGCCUCUUUGGCAUGAAGUUCUGCGUCCUGAUUAUCUUUCUCUUGCUGCCGUGGAUCUCGCGCGUCGGCGACUGGGCUCUGCGGUGGACCGAGGGCAACGAGCAGCUGCAGAUUUUCUUUGUCAUGAUGUUCUUCCCACUCGUCAUGAACGCCAUGCAGUACUAUAUUAUCGACUCCUUCAUCAAGCAGCCCCAUCACGAGCACGAGCGGCUGCCGGAGGACGAUCCCGACUGGAGCGCAAGGAACGCGGGUGGUAGCCCGUACGACGACGCUGAGUCGGCGAGCGAAGAUGGCGCGGGUUCGGAUGACGGCGCGAGUCUCAAGUUGAAGAAGGCAAAGCAUGCAGAUGAUGCCGAGUACGACCCGGACGUCGAUGGCGAUGUGCCGACAGUUAUUGGCAGCAGUUCCAGCCGGUCGAAUCACCAGAGGAAGGAUAAGGAUAUUUCGGCGGAACUCUUUCCUAAGGAGUAAUUUUAUGUUGUUGUUGUAUUCUUUCUUGCUCUAGCAUGAAUGGAGGCCAGAAACAUCUCACCGGAUCAGGCCCGGAUGGCCUGUAGCGCUGUAACAAUAAUCAUGGAGUUGGUUUAUGUGCAUCAUUUUUAAACUCCAGCGACUGCUAUAAGAUUCUUGCUCCGCUAUGCUGCCGUAGUCUGAAGGUUACGUUAAUAACUCUGGAUGUUACCCUGGAGUUGAUCUGGAAAUGCGACUAGCACAGUCCUCUCCCAGGCGCUGGCCACGAGUGACUGUCUCGAGAAACAUCGAGGAUCCGAAUGAAGUAUUGUUAGCUUCAUUUAGUUUUACCCUGUGCGAAACCCAUUCACAU